UUUUUUUUUUUUUUUACUUUAUAUUUGCUCUAGUUUUAUCUGAAUUGAAUGAAAUGGUUGUUGAGCUUUGCUCAGAAAAUUGUGGGGUAUCAAUAUCAUCCAUGAGUCCAAGGAUUUCAUUCUCACAUGACUUCUCCCAAUCAGAUGUCAUUCCAGUUGAGAAGCACCCUUUGAGAUCAAACUCAUCUGGCUUGAAUCCAAGCAUUGAUUUUGACUUCUGUGUUCAUGAAAGCUUAGAGCUUGAGUCCUCUUCAGCAGAUGAACUUUUCUCAGAUGGGGUUAUCCUCCCCAUUCAAAUCAAGAAGAAGAACAUCAACAAUGCUCUUUUGAAGCAAAAGAGUCAAAAACAAGCACCACCACCUAAACCUCAAUCACCACCCUCACACACUGUUUGUGAAAAUGCCUCUUCCACCAGCAAAGGCUCCAAGAAAGAGGGUCCCAAACAUGGCAAGGACUUGAAUGAAGAAGUGGAUGAGAAGCAAAGUUCCAAGUCAUUUUGGAGAUUCAAGAGAAGUAGCAGUUGUGGAAGUGGAUAUGGAAGGAGCUUGUGCCCUUUGCCACUUUUGUCUAGAAGCAAUUCAACUGGAUCUUCACCAAGUGUUAAGAGGAUACCACUGUCAAAGGAGGGUCAUCAUCAUGUUAAGCAAAAUUCCCAGAAACGUUCUUCCAUCACAAGGUCUUCCAACUCCGUGGCUUCACACAAUCAUCAAAAGCCUCCAUUGAAGAGGAGUCAUGGGUCUUAUCAUGCUAAUGGUGUUAGAGUUAGUCCUGUUCUCAAUGUUCCUUCUGCAAACCUUUUUGGUUUUGGCUCAAUCUUCUCCAACAAUAGAGAUAAGAGCAAGAAGAAAUAGUUUACAAAAGAAAAAAAAAAAGUUCUAUGCUAAUUUACAAUUUUACUAAUUUGCAAAUGAGUGGUUUCUAUCCUUUUUUUUUUACUUCCCUGGUUUACCAUGUGAUUAGGAAAAUUUGAUGUAGCCUAUAUAGGUUAAAGUUUUCAAAGGUAAAUGAAAUGGUUUGCAUCAAGAAGACAAAGUGAUAAGAAAAGAAAAAAAAAAAAAAGAUGUGUGUGUGAAUGGGAUGGACAAGCAAUGACAUAAUUCAGGCACAUGAUUUGGGGGCACAAAAUGUCAGGUAAAUGUUGCUUUCAUGGCUGUCCCUUGCUAGUGUUUUUUUCCUCUCUCUGCUUUUGUUCUUUGGUCACACAAAGUGUGAAUACAUUGAUAAUUGAUUUAACUUUGUGUCCCUCUAUUUUUCUUUUUCUUCUGGUUCCCUCCAAUUCUGCAUGAACAUAAGAUUAAAUGGAGAAAUUGAUGGUACAAUUA